GCCUUUAAAUACCGGGAGACACCUCUUCCGCAGCACCACUUCUGCGGAAAGGCUGCGCUCAGGAGGGGAGACAUUCCUGCUCGUGUUUUUUUUCGCCUUUUAAAAAAACAAAUCCUCAACUGAACUCCGAAGAUGUCCACCAAGGAGAAGCUGAUUACCCAUGUGAUGAAGGAAGAGCCUAUUGGCACCAGGAACAAGGUGACGGUGGUGGGUGUCGGCAUGGUGGGCAUGGCCUCCGCCAUCAGCGUACUGCUCAAGGACUUGUGUGAUGAGCUGGCCCUGGUUGAUGUGAUGGAGGACAAGCUGAAGGGUGAGGUCAUGGACCUGCAACACGGAUCCCUCUUCCUCAAGACACACAAGAUUGUGGCCGACAAAGACUACAGUGUGACAGCUCACUCCAGGGUGGUGGUGGUGACUGCCGGGGCCCGUCAGCAGGAGGGCGAGAGCCGUCUCAACCUGGUGCAGCGCAACGUCAACAUCUUCAAGUUUAUCAUCCCCAACAUCGUCAAGUACAGCCCUCACUGCAUCAUAUUGGUGGUCUCUAACCCAGUGGACAUCCUGACCUACGUGGCCUGGAAGCUGAGUGGUUUCCCCCGUCACCGCGUCAUUGGCUCUGGCACCAACCUGGACUCUGCCCGUUUCCGCCACCUCAUGGGAGAGAAGCUGCACAUCCACCCUUCCAGUUGCCACGGCUGGAUCAUCGGAGAGCACGGAGACUCCAGUGUGCCUGUGUGGAGCGGUGUGAAUGUUGCUGGUGUUUCCCUGCAGGGCCUCAACCCAAAAAUGGGGGCUGAGGGCGACAGUGAGCACUGGAAGGAGGUUCAUAAGAAGGUGGUUGAUGGAGCCUAUGAGGUUAUCAAGCUGAAGGGCUACACUUCCUGGGCCAUAGGCAUGUCUGUGGCUGACCUGGUGGAAAGCCUCCUUAAGAACCUGCACAAAGUGCACCCUGUGUCCACACUGGUCAAGGGCAUGCAUGGGGUGAAGGAUGAGGUCUUCCUGAGUAUCCCUUCUGUCCUGGGCAACAGUGGCCUGACGGACGUCAUUCACAUGACACUGAAGCCUGAAGAGGAGAAGCAGCUGGUGAAGAGCGCCGAGACCCUUUGGGGCGUACAGAAGGAGCUCACCCUGUGAGGAGCGCUCCCACGAAUUCUCCAAUCUGCCCUGAAACCACAACAAACGCUGUGGUCAACCCCCACCUGCCGUACAUCCUGUGUCCCUCACAGCAAUGGGCCAAUGAGACCUUUGAGUAUCUAAAAAGGCCAAGUGUUUGUAGCUAAGCCAGUGGAACUUAAGAUUUUACCCUCAGAUAUUCACACAUGGGUGUCAUUUUCCUUUGCUGUCUCCCACCUGCCUUCCUCCCUCCAUGACUGAAUUUUUGGAAACACAACUCAUACCUUUAGCCUUUGAUCUCAGCCUGUGUUGGAGAGAGGAGGUAUUUAUCUGUCGUCUUGUCUAAACAUCAGCCGUAUGGCCUUUGCAUAUACUCCUACGUACUGUAUGUUACUGUGCACUCUGGCUGUUUCUUGCUGUACACUCCUUGUUUGUAGUUGGUAUGUGUUCUAUGUAUCGUGUGAUUACUGCCAGUUGGUUUUUUCCACUUGGUAAUCUCUGUUUAUUUAAUUUUUUUUAUUUGGAGUAUAAUGGAGACAUUCCAUUCUCUAUGAGGAGGGCUUCCUAUCCACCUAGAGUCAUAACAACCCUGCUGCAUAUAUCACUGGGCAAACAUCCUGUGAUACCAAAGUACCUUAUCCUUCGAGAAAAGCAAUGCUACAUCUACUGGUUGGCAUCGAAGCCUUUUUAAACAAACGUAACCACAAGUGCACUGAAAAACAAUUUAAUAGGCAAGAUGCUGACAAGAAAAGUUACAUCUGAGAAAAUUAAAGGGGUUGCUAACUAGGUCACUUGUCAUAAUUUAAAUUAGCAAAGAGAUAACAGAGAGCCAAUGGGAAAGAGUCAGCUAGGAUCAUGACCUAGGCCCAGGUUAUGAAUCAAAACAGAAGGUCACAAUCCUGAAGUUGUUUGUUUGUUUUCACACCCUAAAUACCCUCAAAAGGGUUUGUAUUUUACUCCAUCAGACUCUGGAAUAAAGGACAUCAAGAAAAAAUGAUGCUAUAAUUUAUAACAGUUAAUACUGUUAAGAUCUAUUUAUGUAUUAAUUUUACAUUAGAUAUGGUCGAUCAAUCGCUCACUAAGGAACUACCUGUCAUGGCAGCUGGAUAUUGAUUUUUAUUUGCCGUUCUAUCAAAUAAAUCUGCCAGGAUAAUGAUA